AUGGCCAAACUAAAGAAAAGUGAGGCAUUCACAGCAGAAAGGGAGAGAGAGAUUCAACAGGUAGUGGAAUCGGUGAAUGAACUUGCCCAAAUCAUGAAGGAUCUGUCUGUCCUUGUGAUUGACCAGGGCACUAUUGUUGAUAGGAUUGAUUACAACAUUCAGAAUGUUGCCGCAUCAGUGGAGGAGGGUUUGAAACAGCUUCAGAAGGCAGAGAGAACUCAGAAAAAAGGGGGCAUGGUGAUGUGCGCUACAGUGCUCAUUAUCAUGUGCUUUAUAAUGUUGGUCCUCCUAAUUAUUAAAGAAAUAUUUUUGUGA